AAUAAGUUUUUGUAAAACGUAUUCUAAAAAUUGCCAAUAUCACCGAAUCAUGGCCGAAAAGACACCCGCGAGCGAAAUCCAAAACCACCCCGUUACCGAUGCGGAGGAGCAAAAUGGCAGUCAAGCAGGAUUACCUGGCAGCAGUCUAUAUCGACUCGAAGGCUCGAUCAUAUGGUACCUACUCGCAGUCAUAGCCUACGCAUUGAGUUCUAUCGGUCUGGCAAUAUACAUGUCAAGAUGUCCAGUGGAAGCGCCAGCCAUUAGGGUCCUUCCAACUGGAAACUUGAAAGUGGACCCCUUCUACGCAUCCCUUGCCCUCUCGUGUCUAGUGACUCCCGCCGCUAUUUGCAUCAGAUCAUUUUCAAACGAUUUAGCUCUGCUCCAUCCGUUCGCUGUGGCCUCGAAAAAGCAGGUGAGAGUGAGCGAUCUCGAUAAACUUAUGGAUCCUGGACUUUGUUCCCUCAUCUGUCUCUUCAAAUACACCACAACAUCCGCUCUUGUCCAAACAUUUUUAAUGAUUGUUGGCGCGACAUUUGUUCCCAUUGGUACCUUACUUGUGUACACUGGCACUUAUGCCCCCACCUCCUUCUCAGACAUCACUGUCGUUGGAAUACCUAACCUUAACGGAUUCUCCCUUAGCGUUGAAUUGGCUGGUAUUGUCACCCCGACAAGCCCUCGGCUGGGCCCGCAGCCUACGACUAAUCUAACCUACGUCGAGGGUGCAUGGUACGAAGGAAUCGUGACCUACUCCUGGAAAUCUGGCUGCAACUACACAGAAGACAUCACGUUUGCAAUUGACAAGUCCGGAAAUUAUGGAGACGGGACUUUCAACAUUACAUUUCCUAACGGCCAUCAGGUAGUGAACCAGGAUCCACUAAUUUCAGGUCCCUACAUGACCAAUAUCACCUCAAGCAGCAACAUCACCACCACAUACUACGCAGUGAUAGGCGAUACGUCGCAAUUCGCCAACGUAACCCAGGCCCAAGCUGCAGGCGCAAUCCAAGUCAUAGACAGCUCGUUCUUGAUCUCCCGCGUAGCAUGCACGCCCACCUUCAAUUGGGAACUAAGCACCUGUCAAUGGAAAAACAACUCUAUGACCUCUUGCUCCCCUGCUCCAAACACCAACACCACCGUCAUCGACAAUGCGGGCCUCGACGCCCUUUCCUUCUACAUGAGUGCCAUUCCCAUGUCCGCCAACAGCGACGACACGCUUGUGUUAGGCUACCCUACUCUGUAUUUGGCCCUCAUAGUGGAUUCCGCAGCCAAUAAUGGUGGCUCCGUUUUAGCCAUUGCCCCUCAACUGUCUAAUUACGAUAAUAUGUACGGCCUCGUCGCGCAAUCUCUCGCGAUCCUUACGACCUCGGGGUACUAUGGAGUGUCGAAAGUCCCGGCUUCGAUCCCGAAACCGGUAUAUCUCGUACGCAUGUAUAUUCUCGCUGUCGUGGUCGCCAUCCUAGUGCUCGCUCCCCUCCUCACAAUAUUAAUCCUAUUGUCAAAUUUGCGGCAUCAGAUCCCCCUGCGCCGAGCGACGUUCCUUACUGUUGCAGUUGCCGUAAGAGGUCCUGGUUGGGAUAAGACUUUUUUUGGGCUUUGUGUUAUGGGACAUGGGAAGUUGGUGAAGAAGUUUAAGAGUUUGAGUGUUAUGUUUGGUGUUGAUGUUGACACGAGCAGUCAUGUGGGAUUUGCGAAGAAGGUUGAUCCGAUUAAGAAGGAGGAUUUGUAUACUGGGGUUGAGGGAAUGGAGAGAAAGGAGAAGUAGAACCUGUGAAGGGGUUUUCCUUCACUCAUUACCGUUCUACUAUUGCAUGCUCUGACAUUGUAUCUUUUAAGAGGAGGUACAAAUAAUAAGCUGCUAUGCCCUGCUUGUGACGGUAUUU